UUGAAACCCGGGGCAGAGAGGGAGGGGGAGAGAGCAAGAGAGUUGAGAGAGUGAGAGGAUAAAUCUCAAAUUUCACAAAGAUAGCCCUAAUUUUACAUACAUUUAUGCUUUUUUCUACUAUUUUUCCUUGUUUAGCGUCGAAUCAAAUUUGAUUUAAAUGAGUCGAUUAGGGUUUAAAUCCGUGGUCUACCACGGUGACUUGUGUUUGGGAGAGCUGGACGCUAUCCCGGUUUCGGACCAGAAUUUCCAGUUCCCAAACAACGAGAUUCGCAUCCACCACGUGUCGCCACCGAGUGAACGAUGCCCUCCGCUUUCGAUCCUCCAAACGAUUUCUUCGUUUUCGGUUCGGUGCAAGCUCGAGUCGUCUUCGCCGGUCGAGCAGUCCCAUCUGAUCAAUCUCCACGCCAUGUGCUUUUACGAACUCAAGACGGCCGUGGUAUUGAUUGGAGACGGAGAGAUUCAUUUAGUGGCAAUGCCAAGUAAGCAGAAGAAGUUUCCGUGCUUUUGGUGCUAUUCGGUCCCUGCAGGUCUGUACAAUGCGAGCUUAGGGAUGCUGAAUCUGCGUUGUCUGGCGAUCGUGUUCGAUCUUGAUGAAACGCUCAUCGUUGCAAACACCAUGAAGUCGUUUGAGGACAGAAUUGAGGCGCUUCGAGGCUGGAUUGCACGCCAGACCGAUCCUGUGCGUGUGUCGGGAAUGGCUGCCGAGAUGAAGCGGUACAUUGAUGAUCGAAUGCUGUUGAAGCAGUACAUGGAGAGCGAUUUUGUGGUGGAUACUAAUGGGAAGGCAUAUAAGGUGCAAUUGGAGGAGGUUCUGCGGCUAUCUGAUAACCAUGAACGAGUUGUUCGGCCUGUAAUACGGUUGCAAGAAAAGAAUAUUGUCCUCACUCGUAUCAAUCCUGAGAAUCGUGACACAAGUGUGCUCGUGAGGUUACGACCUGCUUGGGAGGAUUUGAGAAGCUAUUUGACUGCAAAAGGUAGGAAACGGUUUGAAGUUUAUGUGUGCACUAUGGCAGAAAGAGAUUAUGCCUUAGAAAUGUGGAGGCUUCUUGACCCGGAGGCACACCUUAUAGGUUCAAAUAAACUCCGGGACCGUGUUAUAUGUGUCAAAUCAGGUUCCAGGAAAUCGUUGCUAAAUGUCUUCCGGGAUGGCAUGUGUCAUCCAAAGAUGGCAAUGGUAAUUGAUGACCGUUCAAAGGUUUGGGAAGAUAAGGACCAACCUCGAGUUCAUGUGGUUCCUGCAUUCACUCCUUAUUUUGCUCCUCAGGCAGAGACUGCUCUCGCUGUUCCAGUCCUCUGUGUAGCAAGAAACGUUGCAUGCAAUGUCAGAGGUUACUUUUUCAAAGAGUUCGAUGAGAAUUUAUUACGAAGAAUCUCUGAAGUCUUUUAUGAAGAUGAGGUGGUAAAUUUACCUUCUGCUCCUGAUGUGAGCAACUACAUGAUGUCAGAGGAUGCUGGAUUUGUACCAAAUGGUAAUGCUAAUGCUCCCAUUAGUGAAGGCAUGAAUGGUGUUGAAGUUGAACGAAGGUUAAACCUAAUGGAUGAGAAGUAUAUUAACGACUUGGCUACUCCUUCGUUGACAAGUAGUCCUGAGUUAAGAUAUGAAACCUCUCAGCCUCCUCUUUCUGUCUUACCGAAUGUCACUGGACCUGCAUCUUCAAGACCAUUGACGCCUUCUCAGAAACCUGGUUUACUUGGAGCUCCUGUUAGACGAGAUUGCAUCGCAUCUGAUCGUGAUUAUGAUAUGAAGAGAGGACUCCUUACAACGAAGCGUGGUCCAGAUCUAAGGAAUCAAAGCUCAGGUGAACCUCCUAUUCUGUCAAGAUUACCUACACAAUCAGCAUCAGUGAUGCAGCCACAGGGAGGCUGGUUGGUGGAAGAUGAUAUCAGUAGAGGACAUUCAAAUAAUCGACCUUUGGGAUUUGUUCAAGAAGCUGAACCAUUAAAACCUGAUAAACAGUGUGCCCAUCUAAAUCCACUUCCUCCUAGCACACCAGGAUCUACUCCUGCUUUAUUCUCACAAACAUUUGAAGAGGCAUGUGCUGGUUAUGGUUUGCAAAAACAAAAUAUUCCACUUGCAAGUCAGCUAUCAGAGAUUGGUGUAUCUCAAAAUCAGGUGUCCAAUAGCAGAGAUGUUCAAACUGAAGCUGGGAAAUUGAGCCUGCUACAUUCUCCUUUAUCCAUUGGAGUUCUGCAUGAAAUUGCACGUAGAUGCAGCUCCAAGGUUGAGUUCAGGUCUGUUGUAAGCACCAGUAAAGAUUUGCAAUUUUCUGUUGAGGUUUUUUUCACUGGUGAGAAGAUAGGGGUUGGAAUGGGUAAGACAAGGAAAGAUGCGCACCAACAAGCUGCUGAGAAUGCUCUUCACAGCUUAGCAGAAAAAUAUGUAGCAUAUAUUGCACCUCGUUCUGGGGCUGUUGACGGAGAUUUUGAUAAGCUUUCCCUCGGAAAUGAAAAUGGAUUUCUAUGGGAUAUCGUCAGUCCCGGCACGAAUGAACUGCUAAGAGAAGAUGGGUUGCCCAAAGAGAGCACUUCUGAGCCUGGUGAAGGUGGAUCUGGGAAUACUUCUAAUGUAAAUCAGCAAGUACAGAAGCGAGCCACUUCCCCAAGGUUACCGAAUUCUAUUCCUAGUAAACGAACGAAGGACGAACUAUUUCGUGCUUCACAGAGCCUACCGUCUUUUCAGCAACAGAAGAGCGGGCAUCCUGUUUCAUGAGAAAUCAUAAGAUUUUAGGAUAUUUAGACAAAAAGUUAAUUGAGGUCUACAACUAGGCAUUCUACAUAGUUCAGCAUAUUUUUCCCUAGCAAAGCUUAUGCUGAGGUGAAAAAUUCUGUUUUAGAUUUGUGUUUUUGCGAAGAUGGGCUCUACUUUUACUUGCCCUACAUUUUCCAGUUUAUUUUUUGGAUAUCAAGGUUGAAAUUGUUGUCACAUAGGCUUUCAAGUAAUAUCGCAAUCAAUAGUAUUUGGGCCCGUCU